AGAAUGACAUAGCUAGUGAGAAAUACUAUUCUAUGACUGCUAGAGAAGAACUGUUGAAUAAGUUGCUUGAGAAAGACAUAGAAAAUACAAAAGGGUAUUAUACUGAAGACAUGAAUAAGAAGAAACUAACAAUCAAUAUACAAGAGAAAGGUCCUACUGUUUAUCUUUCCCAAGUAGAAGAAAAUUUAUAA